AUGUAUAAGAUACCUAUAGCAGGGGAAACUUCCGCCGUUACGCGGACUGAACUAAACCUAUACGGUGUUAGACACACGGGGACACAAGCUCCAAGAGAUACUGGAGAUAUAGGGACACAGGCUCCCGAAGAUACUGGAGAUAUAGGGACACACGUUUCAGGAGAAACUGGAGAUAUAGGUACACAAGCUCCGGGAGAUACUGGAGAUAUAGGGACACAGGCUCCCGAAGAUACUGGAGAUAUAGGGACACACGUUUCAGGAGAUACUGGAGAUAUAGGUAUACAAGCUCCAGGAGAUACUGAAGAUAUAGGGACACAAGCUCCAGGAGAUACUGGAGAUAUAGGGACACUAGCUCCAGGAGAUACUGGAGAUAUAGGGACACAAGCUCCAGGAGAUACUGGAGAUAUAGGGACACUAGCUCCAGGAGAUACUGGAGAUAUAGGGACACAAGCUCCAGGAGAUACUGGAGAAAUAGGCACACAUGCUCCAGGAGAUACUAGAGAUAUAGGAACACAAGCUCCAGGAGAUACUGAAGAUAUAGGGACACAAGCUCUAGAAGAUACUGGAGAUAUAGGGACAAAAGUUCGAGGAGAUACUGUAGGUAUAGGGACACAAGCUCCAGGAGAUACUGAAGAUAUAGGGAGCCAAGCUCCAGAAGAUACUGGAGAUAUAGGGACACAAGCUCCAGGAGAUACUGGAGAUAUAGGGACACUAGCUCCAGGAGAUACUGGAGAUAUAGGGACACAAGCUCCAGGAGAUACUGGAGAUAUAGGGACACAAGCUCCAGGAGAUACUGGAGAUAUAGGGACACAAGCUCCAGGAGUUAGAGCCACGAUACAUUCUUUCAACAAUUAUCAUAUUUAGUUUAUACAUAAUGAACGAUCUUGUCAGGGUUAAACAAA